ACACCGAAUGUCUCUCUGUUUGCGUUUUAUUCUCUCUCUCUCUCUCUCUCUCUCUCUCUCACUAUAACACUUUUUUUCUACUCGCCGCCGAUCAGCCACAUCACUCUCCGGCGACACCCUUCUCCUUUUUAAUUUGCUCUUUCCCCAAAAUUGCAGCAUAUGUUUCUUUCUUUCUUUCUUGUAAAAAGAAUUGUGUGGUUGUGUGGUGCGGUUUCGAUUUGGAUAAUAAGCGCCGUCUGCGCUUCUCUGGCGGAAGAAGCGGGUGAAUGUGUCUUUCUGUUAAUGCGGCCAAGAAUUGAACUUAGUUGACGCUUCUUGAAGUGUCGGCAUUGGCGAAUGGUGGUUUCGUGAGAUUGUUUUAAGUUCGAUCUGGGGUGAAGCAAGGAUCUCGUAGGAGAGGAGAAGGGAUCAAAACGACGGCGUUUAGGGUUUUGACGGUUAUGAAGAGAGAACAGUAAAUAAAUGUGCAGGGCAGAGUGGGAAGGUUUGAUGGGUCUGAAGAAGUGGGAGAGUAAGGUUCAGAAAGUGGGAAUGGGUGUGUUAGGUUCGGGGGGUUCAGGUUCAGGUUCGGGUUCGGGUUCGUCGCGGUCGAGAAUGAAGAUGUGGAUGAUACGGGCAACCACAUCGGUGUUAUUGUGGACCUGCAUCGUUCAGUUAACGGCGUUGGGUGACAUGUGGGGGCCGAGAGUUUUGAAAGGUUGGCCUUCUUGUUUCACUCACGAGUCUGCCGUUAGAGCAAUGGAUGUCGAGUUACCGUCACAGCGUCCACCUCUUCUCCCUCCCAAGAGGGUUUAUAAAAACAAUGGAUACCUUAUGGUUUCGUGCAAUGGAGGACUCAACCAAAUGAGAGCUGCGAUAUGUGACAUGGUGGCUAUUGCCAGAUAUUUAAAUGUCACGCUUAUAGUUCCUGAACUGGAUAAAACAUCCUUUUGGGCUGAUCCCAGUGACUUUCAAGACAUAUUUGAUGUGGAUCAUUUUAUCGCGUCCUUGAGAGAUGAAGUGCGGAUAUUGAAAGAGUUGCCUCCCAGACUCAAGAUGAAAGUGGAACGCGGCUUUCUUUACACCAUGCCACCUAUUAGUUGGUCUGAUAUAUCUUACUAUAAGGACCAGAUUCUACCCUUGAUACAAAAGUACAAAGUUGUUCACUUAAAUAGAACUGAUGCUCGGUUGGCCAAUAAUGGUCAACCGAUAGAGAUUCAGAAGCUGCGUUGCCGGGUCAAUUUUAGUGGUCUGAGAUUUACUUCCCAGAUAGAGGAGUUGGGCAGAAAGGUGAUCAGGCUUCUAAGGCAAAAAGGUCAAUUUCUUGUGCUCCACCUUAGGUAUGAGAUGGACAUGUUGGCAUUUUCUGGCUGCACUCAAGGUUGUAACAGUGAUGAGGUGGAUGAAUUGACAAGAAUGAGAUAUGCUUAUCCUUGGUGGAAAGAAAAAAUAAUUAAUUCUGAUUUGAAAAGAAAAGAUGGUUUAUGCCCUCUAACACCUGAGGAGACCGCCCUUACACUUAAGGCUCUUGACAUUGAUCAGAACAUUCAAAUCUACAUUGCAGCAGGGGAAAUAUAUGGAGGGGAAAGGAGAAUGGCAGGUCUUGCAAAGGAGUACCCAAAAUUGGUCAGGAAGGAAACGCUGUUGGAGCCAUCUGACCUUCGUUUCUUCCAAAAUCAUUCAUCCCAGAUGGCAGCAUUGGAUUAUCUUGUCUCGUUAGAGAGUGAUAUUUUUGUUCCCACAUAUGAUGGAAAUAUGGCCAAAGUGGUUGAGGGCCACCGCAGAUAUCUUGGGUUCAAGAGAACGAUUUUAUUGAACAGAAAGCUCCUAGUUGAAUUGAUAGAUCAGUACAAUAAUGGAGUGCUAAACUGGGAUGAAUUCUCUUCAGCGGUGAAGGAAGCUCAUGCCGAUCGCAUGGGUAGCCAAACAAAGAGGUUUGUAAUCCCUGAGAGGCCAAAAGAAGAGGAUUAUUUCUAUGCCAACCCACAGGAGUGUUUGGAACAAUCAGCAGAUGAACCGUUGGCGUUGAGUAGUAGUACGUGAGUGAGUGAGUAAUAUGUUGGGAAAUAGUGGAAUUUACUUGUGCCAUCAUCUCCUGGUGCACUUGGUUUUUCUACCACAGAUAGUUUUUCCACGCAGUUUUAGCGAAUCAACAAGGUAGUCAAAAGGUGACCCAUAAAGAAAAGUGAAGUGAAGUGGGUAAAAACUCUAGUCAAGCAAAAACAGCCAGGGGAUACUUUAUAUUUUAUAUAUGCAAAAUAAUCAAUCCAUCACAUUCAUGUAUAGAAAGCUACCCUGCCAUUACAGGGUGAGAGCAGCAGUUCAAACAACAUGUAGACGGAGGAAUUUCUUAUACAAAUUUGGAUUUUACUGGAAACUGCCCUUCGUGGAAAGCUUCAUUCAUUGGUAUUUGCCUCACUUUUUUUCUUUCUUUCUUGGAUAUAAAUAUAUAAUAUCCCCCCUUCCUUUUUUCUUAAAUUGGCCUCCAUCAUUGUGAUUUUCUGGAUUAUUUAUACACUAAAGAAUUUGUUUGUUCGUGUAUUAGUUAAUGCCUCCUAAUUUCAUUUUCCACUUUGGUCCGUUUCGGGAA